UUUGUUGGUGUAACACAAGGAUGCAAUCAAGAAGAAGAAGAGUUAAAAUUUAUUUAUUUCUCAUUUUAAGUUUGACAUUUGCACUUAAUGCCAUGUUGAGACAUUUAACGGUUGUUUGGAAGAACAGUUAGCACGCGACUGACACGUCACACUUCCGUAUGAAAAUGGUAUUUCAUAUUCCCUGGAUCUACACAUCGGUGCGGACCAUCUUGGCAAUCUGGCACCAGUUGACUAAAACUGAGAUCCCAGAGCUGACUAGGGUUUCAGUGAUGAUGAGAGAGCGCAGCAGAGUGGAGGACACCAUGUACGCCAUGCAGAAAGCAGGAGCAGGCAGCCUGCAGGUCAUUUCAGACUUUGAUAUGACGCUCACCAAAUUUGCACACCAGGGGAAAAGAGUUCCCACCACCCACAACAUCCUCAAUAACAGGUUGUUGAUAGAUGAUGACUCCACAGUGAAGAUGAAGGAGCUGUUUAACACAUAUUAUCCCAUAGAAAUCGAUGCGAGCCUCAGUCCUGAGGAAAAACUGCCUUACAUGGUGGAGUGGUGGACUAAAGUCCAUGACCUGCUGAUUCAGCAGAGGAUCAGAAAAGCCGAGCUGGCCCGCGCAGUCAGGGAGUCCAACGCCGUGCUCAGGGAAGGGUGCAGCUCGUUCUUCGACUGCCUGGCAGAGCAGCGCGUUCCUCUGCUGAUCUUCUCCGCUGGAGUCGGCGACGUCCUGGAGGAGGUGAUCCGACAGAACCGCGCCUUCCACCCAAACGUCCACAUCAUCUCCAAUUACAUGGACUUUGACCACACUGGGGUUCUGCAGGCCUUCAAAGGUCAGCUGAUCCAUUCAUACAACAAACGGGCCGGUGCUCUGUCCCACGCCGCCGCCCUCAGAGAGCUGCAUGGUCAGCCCAACGUCCUGCUGCUGGGAGACUCUCUGGGAGACCUGAGCAUGGCUGACGGCGUCUCCACGGCGCAGAACAUACUGACAGUCGGCUUCCUCAACGACCAGGUGGAGGAAAGAAAAGAGUCGUUCUUGAACUCGUUUGACAUUGUGCUUUUACGGGACGAGACGAUGGACGUUCCGAACGCUAUCCUGAGAUUUAUCGUCUCAUCAGAGAUGAGUAAGGUGCACCGGGAAAAAUGAUGCAUUCUCACAUUUUUAACCUCCAAUCGGACCUCAGGAGAGAGCACCAGCAUGCCACUUUAAGGUUAAUCAACAAAUUAAGUUCACUGUCUUUUAGACUAACAGACCAAUUUAUGUAUGAAAACCAAAAUGUUUGAUCAUUUAGUUUCUUUAAAAAAACAAUAACAAAAAAACGCUUCAUAGUUAUUUGAUGCUUUUAGUUCACACUGCAGACCUUGAAUGUUAAAAAAUUACAAUUUUACAUUUUUUGUGUUUCUAUUAAAUAAACGCAAUUAAAAUCACGUGAAUGUUUGUUCACGUGAUAAGUCAUUUAAGAAAAAAAUAAAUAAAACUUGUGCAGUCCUGCUUCUACUUCCCGUCGCCGUCUUCGUGGUCUGCAUCAGUGGCAACACCGGUUAUUGAUUAUGUUGCUCAUUUUGCAAAAUAAACCAAUUUCCACACGGCCAAAUUGGAAAAACGAAACUGGUACGCUUCCAUUCAGAAAAUUAAUUUUGUAAAUCUCAGAUUACACAAUGGGAAAGCAGCUAAAAUCGCAUUUAAAAACCCUUCGGUUGUUCCCUCUAUAAUCACAUUAAAAUCAUUGAAUACGAUAGUAUGGAAGUGGCUCAAAUCUACUUAAUAAAAAUCAGAUUUGGGUCACAUUUGUCUGCAGUGUGAAUGAAGCCCAGGAUACGUUUUCUGUCAUGUCUGAGACACGAUGUUGUAAAUCUGUGUGCCAGACCGCGGACCUGGAAGGAUAAUACCCGGUUCUGUUUCUGCGUGUUCUUAGUGGAUGUAAUAACUGACUAUGUGCAUCACUGGUUUUCUGAAAGGUUAAAGUAAAAUUACAAUCAAUGUUGAGUAUUUUUUAAAGCUGUAAUGACAGAACAAGUACAGAAAGUGUUGUAAACUAUUAACCUGUGUUUUGCUAAUUUAUAAUAAUUUAAAACUGGUUUCUCUUGAGCACUGCAGUAAGACGUGAAUAUAAGGUUCUAGUUUGCAUAAAGGAACACUGACUGCACUGCUAUUUCUUUAAAGAUUAAAACAUUCCUCAGGAAAAAAACAUGUGCUACCAUCACCGCUGUAGAUUCUGACAGAAUCUACAGAAUGAGUCCAGUGUGUAAUGUUAGUGGAAAAUAUAAAAUAAAAACUAUUUUUACAAACACUUUUUUAUUACAACAUUCAGGGACAAAAAGGUGCUUGCUCUAUUUUCAGAAACCUCAAAAUCCUCCACAAGAAAUUGUUUCCCCAACGUCUUUUCUCAGAUCUAAUACUGUAAAUAAACUGACGCUGCGUAUGA